AUGGGCUGGUGGGUGCGGGCUGUGGGGCGCUUCCUGCGGGGGGCGGCCGGGCGCAGGCCCCCCCGAGGGCCCCGGUGCAGCUCGAGCCGGGCCUCUUCCUCCCCGCCGCCGCCGCCCCCGGUCUCGGAGCUGGACAAGGCGGACGCCUGGCUGCUCCGGAAGGCGCAUGAGACGGGUUUCCUGUCCUGGUUUCGCAAUGGCUUGCUGGCAACCGGCGUCGGAGUAAUUUCUUAUGUUCAGAGCGACAUGGGACGAGAGGCAGCUUAUGGUUUCUUCAUUCUCGGCGGGAUUUGCGUCUCUUACGGCAGCGCCUCCUACCUUGUCAGCCUCUUCCUCCUCCGCCGCACCAUGAUGCUUGCUUUCUCCACGGCCCUGCUGAACGGCACGGUGGUCACAACGGUGGCGCUGUUCUGGCUGUGUGCCGUCUCCCUCUACAUCGGUCGCCUUGAGGUUGAGAUCAUACAGGAGGACAGUAGUGAUGAAUGCCAGGACUCAAAAAAGGAUGAUGGGAAGUCGGACGAGUAAAGACCAAGGUCCUGGGGAAUUUUGCUGCUUUCAUGAUGGUCAUUUAGAAUGUUCUCCAGCACGCUCAGUGGACUGAGUUUUAAUGCACUAGAUACAGCGCCCACGGGCUGUCCUGCCCACAGUGUCCAAGGGCACAAAGAAAGGGCAGCUUUAUUGUAAAUAAGACACUGUUGGCUGCUUUAUAUUUAUUUAACAUUUUCCAGAUUGGCAGUGGGAAUUAGCAUUCGAAAAAUUGGAUCAUCGAACAGAAAUAUGGCUGCAGGAGACCCUGCUGUGGUAGCAAAUGGAUUGGUGGGACGGCUUCCCAGCUGGGAGCUUGCGUUGCUGUCAAAAUGGAUCUCUGAUGCUUUUAAAGAACUGGCUGUCCAUUGAGAUCCUGUGCUCCCGUCUCCCACAUACAUCCCAUGCCUGUUCUGCCACGUAUGCAGAAGCUGGAAAUUUUAAGCCAAAUUCAGCUGAUGCUCCCUAGAAAUGUUGAAUCGCAACGGGUAUCCCAUGGAGCCCGAUCCUGCUGCCCCGGCGUACGUUGUAAAGUUAGCACAUCCCAUUGAGAUUACUCACAAUGCCUCUUGAGUCCAUUUUACAUCCAGAUCAGUUAAUGUUUGUAUUAAAAACAU